AUGUCGUCGCCGUCGUCAGAAGCCAAGGGUGACCACGAGAGCGGCACGACCCUCUCCCAGAUCUCGCCACAGGUCUCGCCAAGCGAGCACUCAUCCGACUCGCCCUAUGUAGACUCGGAAGCUCCCAAAUCCGUCGAAGGCAUGCCGUUCAGCGACUUUGUCAUCGAGAACGACGAGCUGCACGACUACGAGAGCCAGACCGCCGUCAAGCGUCACAUGGAUCCGCGCGUCAUCCUCGACCUCACCACCAUGUCGCUCGUCAUCGCAGGCAUCGUCACGCUCUUCCUCGGAUACCCGCUCAUCCGCUUUGCCGGAAAGCCAAAAGCCGACACAAAGGGCGGAUUCAACCUCGGCGGAACCAACGCCACAGGACAGGUGCCCAACAUGCGCGACAUGCGCUUCGCGCUUAUCGAUCCAGACACUCCCCAAGACCUGCUCACAAAGAUGUCCGUCGACGGCUCUCAGGAGAUGCAGCUCGUCUUCAGCGACGAAUUCAACACAGACGGACGCUCCUUCUACCCAGGCGACGACCCCUUCUGGACUGCCGUCGAUCUUUGGCCAUGGCCCACCGGCGAUUUUGAAUGGUACAGCCCCGAGGCCGUCACCACCAAGGACGGCAGCCUCGUCAUCACCGCCGACCAGGUCGAAACCAAUAACCUCAACUUCCGCAGCGGCCAGCUCACAUCGUGGAACCAAUUCUGCUUCACCGGCGGCUACAUCGAGACGCGCCUCCAGCUGCCUGGCAGCAGCAGCGUGUCCGGAUGGUGGCCCGCCGUUUGGACCAUGGGCAACCUCGGACGCGCCAACUACGGCGCCACCACACAGGGGACGUGGCCGUACGCCUACGACGCCUGCGACCGCGGCACGCUGCGCAACCAGACUGACCCCGACGGCCUUGGUCCAAUCGGUGCGCUCCGAAGUGGUGACACCGUCUUCAACAACAAGUACGACACCACCUCUAUCAGCUGGCAGCCAGGACAGCGUCUAUCGGCAUGCACGUGUCCCGGUGAAGAUCACCCUGGUCCGAAGGAUUCGAGCGGCAACUUUGUCGGAAGAUCCGCGCCCGAGAUCGACAUCAUCGAGGCUCAGGUUUCCAAUGGCAUCGGCGGUGUGUCGCAGUCUGGCCAGUGGAUGCCUGCCAACUACGGCUACGAGCUCAUCAACACCACCGGCACAGAAUACGAGUUCUUCCAGCCUUCCGCGCAGCUCAACUCGUACCAAGGCAAUGUGCUGCAGCAAUCGGCGAGUGGCGUGGUCAACACUCGCCAGACCGCCUACCAGUACAGUGGCGGCGACUUUUCCGUCUACGGCUUCGAGUACAAGGCCGGGUUCGACGGCUACAUCCACUGGAUCUCGGACGGUCAGCGAUCCUGGUCGCUCUCUUCCGGCGCGCUGGCUGCCGAUGACCGCGUGGGCAUCAGCCGACGACCUGUGCCGCAAGAACCCAUGUACAUCCUCAUCAACCUCGCCAUCUCGUCCGGCUUCGGAUUCAUCGAUUGGGCCAACCUCGAGUUCCCCGGCAAGAUGCUCAUCGACUACGUGCGCGUCUACCAGCCCAAGGGUCAGAUCAACAUUGGCUGCGAUCCCGAAGACUUCCCCACACAGGCCUACAUCAACCGCCACAUUGAGGCCUACACCAACCCCAACCUCACCAUCUGGGGCGGCACCGCAGCACAGGGCGGAUACCAACAGGACUGGCCCCGAAACCGCCUUUACCCGGACGGAUGCACAAAUCCUGCCUCCAAGUAUCCCGGCCCCAACCCUGCCGCAGCCGCAGCCUAG